CCAGAGAGCCAAAUACUCAGACAUUACUGUCAGACUUGUCAGCAAGCUCUUGGUAUUGAAUUAACCCAGUGAUGCAGAACUCUGCAGGGAUUCCAUUGCAGGACAACCGAGGCUACACACACCAGCAAGUGACAGUGUCUAUGCCUGAGCAAAAAUUCAACGAUGACAUUGUGUUUUCCACAUUUAAUCUCCACUUCUGUAACCACUGCUGCCUUGGAUUUUGUGCUUUUCACAACUCGGUGAAGGCCAGGGACAGCAGAAUGCGGGGAGACUUCAUGUCAGCUCAGUCCUACGGAUCCAAGGCCCGCUGCCUCAACAUCAUUGCCUUCUCUAUUGGUGUCAUUAUAAUUAUUGGUCUCAUUAUGCUCAUCUACAAAUGUAUGGAAUUAUUCAACUCUCAUUAUUCAUUCAUUAUCAAUAACCCUCCAAAUUUCUAAAUGUCUUUUUGCUGUACUCACUUUUUGAUGAUAAUCAGAUCAUUUAAAAAUGAGAUUUUCAUCUGUUGGAACAUUGCAUUGUACUUAUUUCAUCAUUGUGGUUGUUUGGUUUGGCCCUGAAAAGGCAAUAAAAGACAUACUAACAUUGAUU